AGUACUGCCUGCAGAAUGGCCUGAGGCCAAACCUUCCGCUAUAAAAGGGAGCUGCUACUUGGCCCUGUACGUCCUUUGCCAGCUUUGUUUCAGAGAUACCUGGCAGACACAUCGUUGGGCACCAUGCCGACUGAACUGGAGUGUGCUUUGAACGGAUUCAUUGAGGUCUACCACAAGUACUCCCUGGUGCAAGGGAAUUACCACUCCCUGUACAAGGAUGACCUGAGGAAAUUGCUAGCGGCAGAGUUUCCUCACCUGACAAAGAAAAAGGAUGCAGACACCUGGUUCAAAGAACUGGACCUCAAUACAGAUGGGGCAAUCAACUUCCAGGAGUACCUCAUAUUCGUGAUAAAGAUGGGUGUGUCUGCCCAUAAUGACAGCCACAAGGAAUAGCAGAAUUAUGUGACCUGGAGAUCUCACUGGGCAUGUACUUGUAGAAUAAUAAAGUCAUUCAUACCUCA